AUGGAGCGGAGCUGCGGGAGAAACGCGCCGGAUAAGGUGCGCUACCCGCACAUCGCCCUGGAUGUCCUCGGGCAGUGUCACAGCAGUGCGUGUGUGGAGCUUGGCGACACGCGUGUUGUUUGCGCCGUUCACCACCCGCAGCAGCUCGUUGACGAGUACCGCGGCAACCGUGGACGUGUCGCGUGCACCGUGCAAAGGUCGGGUUCGGCGGGCUCGCAGGUCGCGGGUUCCGCCCCCCGGUGCAUUGUGACCCCGGAGAAGGACAUGUCCCUCGCGUUGGAGGGAGUCGCAGAGCAGGUGGUGAUGCUGGAGAAGAUACCGCAGCUGCUGGUCGAGGUGGUGGUGGAGAUCCUCGCGGAGGACGGGGGCGUGUGGGAUGCUGUCGCGACGAGUAUGAGUGCGGCUUUGGUGAGCGGCGGUUUCGACAUGUACGACGUGUUCUCUGCCUGCAGCUCCGCCCUGCUCCGCGAUGGCGCGGUGGUGAUGGACCCCGACGCCGCCGAGGAGUCGAACGCCCAGGCCUCGGCGCUUGUCUGCAUGAUGCUCAACUCCGGGGACAUCUGCUACGCCAGGCACCGCGGCUCUUGCGAGCCCGGGACGGUCGCGGAACUCGUCGCGUCCGCAAUGAAGGGCUGCUUCGCCCGUAAAGGCGCCAUCGCGGCACAAUUAAACGACCAGUCGAUUUUGUGA